AUGUUGCUUGCUUCCCUUUAUACUCUCGCUGGUCCACUCUUUCUCUUCCUCCCUGUAUAUCGGUAUUAUUUUCAUAUGUGUGAGAAGUCUGGCUGCUCGGUAAUCGAGAUUGUACUCUCAUAUGUCGAAAACGAGGAAAUCCCAGCAAAAUAUGAAAGGUUAUCGGGUAUACAUUCUUUCGUUUUCUUCUUUUUUGUCAACUUCUUCGCUUACUUAAUUUUAUACUUAUUUCAUCUUUCAUCUUUCCUUCCUUCCUUCCUUCCUUCCUUCUCUUUCUCCUUCCUAUCUUCUUUCAUCGAUUCCUUUCUACCUUUUUUCCCUCCUUCUUUCCCUCACUUCUUCCUUCCUUCACUACCCCCUUCCUUCUCUUCUAUAUUCCCUGUUCUUUCUUUCUUCUUUGCUUCCUUCCUUUUUUCCUGCCUUCCUUCCUUCCAUCCGUUCGUCCAUCUUUUCCUCCUUCCUUCCCCCGUCUUUCCUUCCUUCAUUACUUCCUUCCCUCUACUUUCCUUCCUUCCUUCCUUUUUCCUUCCUUUCUUCCUCCCUUCCUUCCUUGUUGUUCCUUACUUCCUUCCUUCCCUCCAUCAUUCCUUCCUUCCCGUCUUCCUUUCUACCUCCUUUCUUCCUUCCUUCCUUCCUUCCUUCCUUCCUUCCUUCCUUCCUUCCUUUCCACCCGCCUUCUUUCCCUCACUUCUGCCUUCCUUCACUACCCCCUUCCUUCCCUUCUACAUUCUCUGUUCUUUCUUUCUUCUUUCCUUCCUUCCUUCUUUCCUUCCUUGCAUCCUUCCAGCCGUUCGUCUUUCUUUUCUUCCUUCCCUCCCCCGUCUUUCCUUCCUUCAUUACUUCCUUGUUCUUUCUUUCUUUCUUCCUUCCAUCCAUCAUUCCUUCCUUCCCGUCUUCCUUCUCUUUUAUCCUCUUUCCUCCGCUUUCUUUCCUUCCUUCCUUCCUUCCUUCCUUCCUUCCUUCCUUCCUUGUUCUUUCUUUCUUUCUUCCUUCCAUCCAUCAUUCCUUCCUUCCCGUCUUCCUUCUACCUUCUCUUUUAUCUUCUUUCCUCCUCUUUCCUUCCUUCCUUCCUUCUUUCCUUCCUUCCUUCUGAGCCUCCCGCCUUCCUCCCCUACUUCAUUACUUUUCUUCGUUCACUUAUUUUUCUUACUUUUUUUCUCUUUCCUUCUUUUCUUCUUUCUUUCUCUCUCUCUUCUGGCAGCCGUCUAUCCUUGCUUUUCCGAGUUAGUCUUGCUUCUUUUUCUUCGUUUCUACAUUGAAUUCUUUUUUUUAAUCUUUACUGUGCUCUUUGAUUGUUCUUUUAUUUAUGGCUUUCUUUCUUUCUUUCUUUCUUUCUUUCUUUCUUUCUUUCACUUCUUGUCUCUCCUUUUCCUCUUCCUCUUUUUCCUUUAUCUCUUUGUCGUCACUUCGACUCUUUUCUUCCCUAAUCUUCUGCUAUUAUUUAUUUAUUUUUAUUCUGAUUCUUCUUUAAUUUCUUCUCUUUUUCCUUUUUUUUUUCUUCUUCUCUUUCAUUUUCUCUUCCAUCUUAGCUCCAUUGUUUCCGCACAUGUGCUUUUCUUUCUCUUCCCCACCCUCUUUAUAUCUAUCGUCUCCUCUUUCUCUCUUUUCUAUCCUUUUUAUAUCUAUCUUCCCUUUCUCUCUCUCCUGUCCUUUUCAUAUUUAUCUUCUUCUCUUUGUCUUUUUCCCGUCCUCUUUAUAUCUAUCUUCUUUUUCUUUCGUUCCCAUUCUCUUCAAAUCUAUUUGCUUAGCCUCUUCAUAUCUAUAUGCUUAUCUCUCUUUCUCGUCCACUUUAUAUCUUCUUUCUCCCUUUCCCGUUCUUUUCAUGCUCAUCUGCUUUUCUUUCACCGUUUGACACCAUCUUCAUAUCUAUGUCUUUUCUUUCUUUCUUUCUUUCUUUCUUUCUUUCUUUUUCUUUCUUUCUUUCUUUCUUUCUUUUUCUUUUUUCUUUCUUUUUUCUUUUUCUUUCUUUCUUUCUUUCUUUUUCUUUCUUUCUUUUUCUUUCUUUCUUUCUUUCUUUUUCUUUCAUUCUUUUUCUUUCUUUCUUUCUUUCUUUCUUUUUCUUUCUUUCUUUUUCUUUCUUUCUUUCUUUCUUUCUCUUUCUUUCUUUUUCUUUCUUUCUUUUUCUUUCUUUCUUUCUUUUUCUUUCUUUCUUUUUCUUUCUUUUUCUUUUUUUUUCUUUCUUUCUUUUUCUUUCUUUCUUUCUUUUUUUUCUUUCUUUUUUCUUUCUUUCUUUCUUUCUUUUUUCUUUUUUUUUCUUUCUUUCUUUCUUUUUUCUUUCUUUCUUUUUCUUUCUUUCUUUCUUUCUUUCUUUCUUUCUUUCUUUCUUUCUUUCUUUCUUUCUUUCUCCCUAACUCAUUUUAUUCAUCCAUCUCAAUUAUUCUUUUCUAUCUGCCUUACCACUCCCUUCUCUCCCCCUCUACUUGUAUUUCUUUUUGUUUUCUCCUAAUUCCUCUUUCUUUACACCUUCCCCCCCUUAUGACACCAUAUCAUUACGUCUCUCACAUAAUCUUUCUCUCCUUAAUUUUUCUCUUUCUCUCCCUUCUUUCUUUUAUACUGUAUCUCUCUUCAUGUGACUCUCUACGUCACCUAAUAUUUGUAUCUUUUUACAUCAUUCCCUCUUUUCCUCUCUAUUUUUCCUUAUAUCUUUACAUCUCUUCCACCCCCUCUUUCUUUCUGUAUUCCAUUCUCUUCAUUUCACACUUUCCGGCUAACUUUACUUUUUAUAUAUUUACAUUUUUUUUUGUCUCCCGCGUAAUUUUCUCCCUCGCUUUUAAUACUAUUAAUGUCGUCUGCAAUGGCGAAGCAGGCUUUAAUCUAGUCAGCCAUCAUCUCUCUUUGAUCAGCUGCCUGUUGGAACAUGACAAAGUUCGGGCAGCAUCAAAGCGCAAAGUCUACGGGCCUCUGUGCACACAUUCACACAUGAUCACGAACGCAAGCUCAAAUUCACACGCACAGGGAGAAAUCACUGAUACAUACUCUCUCUCUCAUUCUCUUUCUUUCUCUCUCUCUCUUUCUCUCUUUCUCUCUCUCUCUUUCUCUCUCUCUCUCUCUCUCUUUCCACCACAUAGAAUAACUUUAUUAUGCAAUGAGAGGGUUGCUCAUAAAUCAAUAUAUAUUCAUAUUUCUAUCUAUCUAUCUAUCUAUCUAUCUAUCUAUCUAUCUCAGUUUGUUCAUCUAUAUAGCUAUCUACAUAUCUCAGUGUGUUCAUAUCUAUCUAUCUAUCUAUCUAUCUAUCUAUCUAUCUAUCUAUCUAUCUAUCUAUCUAUCUAUCUAUCUAUCUAUCUAUGUAUCUAUCUAUCUCAGCCUGUUCAUAUCUAUCUAUGUUUGAGCAUUAUCUAUUUCAGUGUGUUCAUAUCUAUCUAUCUAUCUAUCUAUCUAUCUAUCUAUCUAUCUCAGCCUGUUCAUAUCUAUCUAUCUAUGUUUGAGCAUUAUCUAUCUAUUUCAGUCUUUUCAUAUCUAUCUAUCUAUCUAUCUCAGCCUGUUCAUAUCUAUCUAUCUAUGUUUGAGCAUUAUCUAUCUAUUUCAGUCUUUUCAUAUCUAUCUAUCUAUCUAUCUAUCUAUCUAUCUAUCUAUCUCUGUUUGUUUAUCUAUAUAUCUAUUGUCCAUAUCUAUCUCAGUGUGUUCAUAUCUAUCUAUCUAUCUAUCUAUCUAUUUUUGAGCAUUAUCUAUUUCAGUCUUUUCAUAUCUAUCUAUCUAUCUAUCUAUCUAUCUAUCUAUCUAUCUAUCUAUCUAUCUAUCUCUCUGUCUAUCUAUCUAUCUAUCUAUUUAUCUAUCUAUCUAUCUAUCUAUCUAUUUUUGAGCAUUAUCUAUUUCAGUCUUUUCAUAUCUAUCUAUCUAUCUAUCUAUCUAUCUAUCUAUCUAUCUGUCUAUCUAUCUAUCUAUUUAUCUAUCUAUCUAUCUAUCUAUCUAUAUAUAUAUAUAUAUAUAUAUAAGUCUGUGACAAGACUUUCGGACCACCCUGUGCAUUUAUUCUGUUCAAAUCACAAUUUAUCAAUUUAUUUUCUCUCUUCUCUCUCUGCUCACUCUCUAUUUUCUCUCUCUCCCCCUCUUUCUCUCUUCUCUCUCCCCCUCUCCUCUCUCUUCUCUCUCCCCCUCUCCUCUCUCUCUUCUCUUUUCUCUUCUAUGUCUCUCUUCACUCUCUCCUCUCACUCUUCUCUUUUCUCUCCUAUGUCUCUCUUCACUCUCUCCUCUCACUCUUCUCUCUCUCCUUGCUCUCUCUUCUCUAUCCUUGUUCUCUCUCCACACUCUUUCUCCCUUCACUCUCUUCUCUCGCUUCUCUCUCUCCCCACUCUCCGCUCUCUCUCACUCUUUCUCUCUUUUGUGUUUCCUUCUUUCUUUCUCUCUUUCUCUCUUUCUCUCUUUCUCUCGUAUUUCUAUCAUGUUUUCUCACCUGUCUUUCUCGAGUAUUCAUUCCAUAUUCUUUGUGGUAUUUUUAUUACAAAUCCUUUCUUUUCUGCUUCCUCCAAGUUUUUAACUUUCAAGGUUCUCGAAUUUUUAUUAUAUCCUCCACCUUUUAACCUAUUGUUUUUCUUUUACUUCUUUCUUUUGUUUUUAAAUUUCUUUCGAUCUCUUUGCUUUUUUAUCUAUCUAUCUAUCUAUCUAUCUAUCUAUCUAUCUAUCUAUCUAUCUAUUUUUUUAAAAAAAUCAACAAUGCCACUAAGACGCAAGGGACUGCUGGAAGCGAAAGAGGAUGAAAAAACUAGCUAUAUAUCUAUCUAUCUCCAUGUGUUUAUCUAUUUCAAACUUUUUAUAUGUAUCUCCGUCUGUUCAACUAUCUAUCUAUCUAUCUAUCUAUCUAUCUAUCUAUCUAUCUAUCUAUCUCAUUCUGUUCAUAUCUAUCUAUCUAUCUACCUAUCUAUCUAUCUAUCUAUCUAUCUAUCUAUCUAUCUAUCUCAGACUGUUCAUAUCUAUCUCCGUCUCCUUUUCGUAUUUAUCUCCGUCUAUCUAUCUAUCUAUCUAUCUAUCUAUCUAUCUAUCUAUCUAUCUAUCUCCAUGUCUUUACAUAUUUCAAACUUUUUAUAUGUAUCUCCGUCUGUUCAACUAUCUAUCUAUCUAUCUAUCUAUCUAUCUAUCUCAUUCUGUUCAUAUCUAUCUAUCUAUCUAUCUAUCUAUCUAUCUAUCUAUCUAUCUCUUUUUUGUAUAUAUCUUUUUCUUUCUCAGUAUUUAACCCACUUUUUAUUUGGCUUUCUUCCUUUUCUUUCUCUUUCUUCUUAUUUUCUUCCCUAUUUUUGUCACUUUAAUCCUUAUUUCUUGAUUGUUUCUUUGUUUUUUCACUUUCCAACGCCAAGCUCAAAAAGCCACCCACCAUCGAUCGACAUUCCAAGAAGCUCAGGAACAAUUGCCAUUCUUGGAUUCGGAGUAACGCAUUUUCGCAUUUGCCAAUGGAUGACGACCUUUUCAGUUGAGUACGACAGCUCAAAUGUUUCCAAGCAGGAAAGAAACAUUGCUUGUCAUACUGUCAUAAGAUGCAUCCGCUGGGCCGGCGACGACUAUCUAUUGAUCGAUCUCACUCUGCUUCUAUCUAUCUAUCUAUCUAUCUAUCUAUCUAUCUAUAUAUCUAUCUAUCUAUCUAUCUAUUAA